ACUCGCCGGGGCUGGCGGCGGCGCCAUUUUGAAUCGGCCGAGGGUCGGAGGCGGCGGCUGCGGAGCUGGGUUCCGCGUCACCCGAGCGAGAACCGGCGAGGAAGGAGCGGAUAUGGCCGCGAAUAGGAACUUGAAGCAAGUGCGGAUCGAGAAUAGCUCCCCAGCGGCGCCGCUGGGCAUGGUGGGGGGUGGCGGCGGCGGCGGAGGCAACCUGAAAGGAUUGCGGGGCCUAGAAACGGAGAGUGAGGCGGCGGCGGCCAUGGCGCUGGCGCCGAGCAAAGAAGGUGGCGGAGAUGAGGAGCAGGAGGGUGGCUUCACCAUCGAUAUCAAGAGCUUUCUCAAACCUGGAGAGAAGAGCUACACUCAGCGCUGCCGGCUGUUCGUGGGGAAUCUGCCUACGGAUAUCACCGAGGAGGAUUUCAAGCGCCUCUUCGAGCGCUACGGGGAGCCCAGCGAGGUCUUCAUCAAUCGGGACCGUGGCUUCGGCUUCAUCCGCCUGGAAUCUAGGACCCUGGCUGAAAUAGCGAAGGCAGAACUUGAUGGUACUAUUUUGAAGAGCAGACCACUUCGAAUUCGAUUUGCUACACACGGAGCUGCCUUAACUGUCAAGAAUCUUUCACCUGUGGUUUCUAAUGAGCUGCUGGAACAAGCAUUCUCUCAAUUCGGGCCAGUGGAAAGAGCGGUUGUUGUAGUAGACGAUCGUGGCAGAGCUACAGGAAAAGGUUUCGUAGAGUUUGCAGCAAAACCUCCAGCACGAAAAGCUCUAGAAAGAUGCAGUGAUGGGGCAUUCUUGCUAACAACAACACCUCGACCUGUUGUUGUAGAACCAAUGGAGCAAUUUGAUGAUGAAGAUGGACUCCCAGAGAAGCUAAUGCAAAAAACACAACAGUACCACAAGGAAAGAGAACAACCUCCACGUUUUGCUCAGCCUGGAACGUUUGAGUUUGAGUAUGCUUCACGGUGGAAGGCUCUCGAUGAGAUGGAAAAGCAACAGCGUGAACAGGUCGACAGGAACAUUAGAGAAGCCAAAGAGAAACUAGAGGCAGAAAUGGAAGCAGCUAGGCAUGAGCAUCAGUUAAUGCUGAUGAGGCAAGAUCUCAUGCGUCGUCAAGAAGAAUUGAGGCGUUUGGAAGAACUUCGAAAUCAAGAACUUCAAAAACGCAAGCAGAUACAAUUGAGACAUGAAGAAGAACACAGACGUCGUGAAGAAGAGAUGCUACGUCAGAGGGAACAGGAGGAAUUACGACGUCAGCAGGAAGGAGGAUUUAAGCCAAAUUUCAUGGACAAUAGAGAACAGGAAAUGAGAAUGGGUGAUAUGGGUCCUCGUGGAGCAAUUAACAUGGGAGAUGCGUUUAGCCCAGCACCUGCUGGUAACCAAGGCCCUCCUCCAAUGAUGGGUAUGAAUAUGAACAACAGAGGAACUUUACCUGGCCCUGCAAUGGGUCCUGGUCCUUCCAUGGGACCAGAAGGAGCUGCAAAUAUGGGAACACCAAUGAUGCCAGAUAAUGGAACAGUGUUGCCAAGAAGGUUACAUGCAAGCCAGUAAAAUACGGAAAAUAGUGUUCUCCGUGAUUUCUCCAGAAAAGAUGCUAUACGCAGUUGCUUUAAAGAAGCAAGACUAUUCACAUGUACUUUUUCUUGGAAGAAAAUAUGUAAACUGCAAUUAAAAAGAUGGAAAUACUGUCUUUUAAAAUGCUAACGGUCUUCAUUCUUUGACACAAUAGCACUGUGUUGUUCCAUAUAUUAUGUUUUGCUUUUAAGGGAAAGAGCAUGUGAAAGGUAAGCCACAGCUCCAGUUCUAAUCAGCUUCAAAUCAAAAGCCUUUUCCAGAAGGCACAGAAGGAAAACUGUAAUAAUGAAACAGUAGUUCAUUUUCAGUUUUGUUCCAGUUUGGAACAUUGUGCUUCUAGAACUUCCAGCAUUGUAUCAGUAGCAGUUCCACAUCUGACAUUUUCAGAACCAGAGCCGUGCCAAAUAAUGUAAAUAAAGUUUCUGCCUUAGUGUGUCAAGAGUGCGAUUACUGCAUUUCAAAAACUGAAUGUUUAUAUAGAGUUUUUAAAGAAAAUGUAUGAAAGCACUGUCAUAUAUUGAAUUGCUGGUUUAAAAGUGAAAAUUAUGUCAACUUGCCAGUUGGGAUGGCUGUGCUUUUAGAACCAUUUUUGGGUAUGUGUCAGGUUAUCGUUGCCAUGUUAGUCUUUGUGCAGUUUUUGUAAUGCCACUUCAUGCGAGUUCACCAUCAUUCUUGCAUCACAAUUGUGUAUUUUCAUAUUUUAGUCGCAUUGAUGAAUGCAAGUGACUGUAGAACGGGGGUUCUAGAGCAUUUGUUUUGUAAUAUGUAAGUUGUUUAGGAGAAUUUUUCAUUGCUAAGCUUGCUUUCUGUUUGGUGUUCACUCUGCAUGUUUUGAGCAAAAUACAUUUUUUCUAUUGCAUAGGGGGAAAAAGUAACAAGUAAUGAAAAAGUAUUUAUUAGGAGAGUAAAUGGCAAUCCUGUAUGCCUCUUAUGGCUUCUAAAAUGGCAGCUGAUUCAGGAGAAUAAAAUCACUUGGUAUACUUCCUGCAUCAUUACUCUAGACUUUUUCCUGCUUAGGGCACACUUCAGUAUUUAUAUUAAAGAUAAAAAAAUAAAUCUGUUUAGUUUCCAUCUGCUUUUAAUCCCAAGUAAAUUAAGUCCAAAUGUCUUGAUGUUUGCUCUGAAUAGUACUCUAACACCCCAAGUUGCAUUAAACAUGAAAAAAAAUCAGUUUGAGUUUCAUAGUUUUUAAAACAAAACUUUUUAACUAAUAAGUUAGAGUAAGCCAGUCCUCUGAGGCCCUGAGAAAGCACAAAUCUAUGGAGAAAUCAUGCUCUUGUUUUGAGUUGCAUUAUGUUACUGAGCAUGCAUUUUUUAUUCUUUGGGACUGUUGUGUGAAACUGUGUUACAAAGAUUUAAUAAGAAAUAUAAUUUGUCUUAUUUUAUCCAGUUAUAAGUAUUAAUUCAUUACUAGCAUCCUAAAAAUAGAAUUGGUAAUUUAGCUACAUAUACUUUACUGCAGAUGAUGGCAUGUAGUGUGAGUAUCAGAAACAGAGUAAUUCAAGUGUUGGUAGUUACUAGUAGUAUGUUGUGCUUUUAGGCCUAGGUGGAUAAAAGCUGAUCUCGAGCAUAGCAGUGUUUUGCCCAGAACCUUGAAACUACAUUUGCAUUUCUGCUUUAUUGCUGUGGUAGUCACAGAAGUACUCACAGGUUUGAAAGUGUACGUCUAGAUAUUUGAGGGAGAAGGAGAUAAAGGAUUGAUUAAUGUAUGUUGCUUAAUUCUUGAGGCAUCGGUUGGGAAAACUGGUAUUGUAGAAUCUUCUUUGUAUGAUAAUUUUUUAAAAAAUCAAAAUUUUUUAAACAGUCUUGUAUAUUCAAAACUGCCAAUGUGGAGGUGUAUCAUUAAAGAGGUGGAAAAACUGUAUUUUACUAAAAGUCUUAUUUGAGUUCUUGAUCUUUCUCUGAUUAGACAUUGAGGAUAUUGUGCCUCUAACCUUCUGUUAUUAAAUUCUUCAAACUUCUGCAAGGCUUUAAAAGGGGUGUGAGGAUGUAAGGUGACAUACUGACUACAGGAUUGGGCCGAAUCAUUAGUCUUUGAAGCUUGUUACUGGCCUACUCUGGUUAUCCUAACCCAUUCCAUUUAAGACACUGUUUUCUGUUGUGUAUUCCAGGUUUUCUUCUGUUGUAAAAGCAUUAAAUUUUCUUUAUGAUGUGGAAGAUACGAGCUGUAUGAAGUUUUAUUUGAGGAUUCUAACACUGAACUUGAUGGAAAUGGGUUAAAGAAAAGCAUCAGAUGUCAGAUGCACAGUAAAAACAGUUCUUUAUAUGAUUUGGCAGGUUGUUACGUAUCUCUCCAUAUGUGUUUUAUAAGUAUAUGAAUAUAAUUUUUGUAUUCUUAAUCUGUUGUGUCGUUAAAAAGAAUUUGUCUCUUCUUAAGGGGGCAAAAAAAAAAGGACUUUGUUCUGGAUUAAUUAAAUUUCAGAGUUUCUCUUUUGUGUAAAUAAAUACACAAUAAUUAACAGAAUACAUGAGAACUUAAUAGUUAUCCUUUCUAAACUCACAGGUGUAUGGAAAUACUAAUAUGGAAAAGUAAAAGUAGAUAAGUGCUCUUCAUAGAUUUACAGAUGGGGAGAUAAAAUUGUGGAAAAACAGGAAGAUGUGGUUUGACCUCAUCUUUCAGUUUGCUGCAUCUAAAAAUUUAGAAACUCUCAUAGAAUUAAAAACCCCAAGUAAUGACUCUUAGAAAUGUCAUCUAAACUUCUUAAAUGUUGUUUCAGAAUUCUGCUAUAAAUAAAACUAGUUCAGUGUGAACA